AACAGCCCAAAUCUAUUGCCGAACGGACCUGUUAUAAUGCUGCUACAGAGACUGCCGGCUCACUGCCCACGAUAGCACCACCGGCGCUGUGUUUCCCCCAAAACCUCUGCUUCUACCAUCUCUUCUAUUCCAUCAUCCAUAAAUCGAAUACCCGCCUGCUCGUCACUGUGCAGUUCUGCCCCGAUUCGAAGCGGUCCAGCCUCCGCCUUCAUGGCGGCUAGGUUUUUCCUAGGUUUUCUGAUACUGCUUCUUCACUCGAUCAUCUCCUGCGGCGUAUAUGAGGAUCAAGUAGGGCUUGCAGAUUGAUUGAUUUCUAUGUCGCAAAUUAUUAAAUUCUUGAAAGAGUGCUCGUGCGUGAUCAGAUGGCACCAAAGAUACAUUGGAAAAACAAAGCAUGCUGUUUUCCACAGUCAUAAGACAGGUAGAAAGCGUGUAGUGGUUUCUACAGAAGAGAAUGUAAUUGCAUCUCUUGAUCUCCGUACAGGGGAUAUAUUUUGGCGUCAUGUUCUUGGAGAAAAUGACCCUGUUAAUCAAGUUGAUAUUUCUCUUGGGAAAUAUGUUAUUACACUCUCAUCUGAAGGUAGUGUUUUGAGGGCGUGGAACCUUCCUGAUGGGCAGCUGAUUUGGGAAUCCGUCCUACAAUUCUCUGCUCCUUCCAGAUCUUUGUUGCAUGUACCAACGAAAUUUGGCUUGGAGAGAGAGAGUGUAGUUUUUGUAUUUGGAGGUGGAUGGCUUCAUGCCAUAUCAAGCAUUGAUGGCGAGAAAAUUUGGAAGAAAGAAUUAUAUACAGAAGGGUUGGACAUACAACAAGUUUUUCAGCAAGAUGACAGUGAUAGUUUAUAUGCUGUUGGAUUUCUUGAUUCUUUGCAGUUUGUUGCAUAUCACAUAAGUGUUAAAAAUGGGGAGGUCUUAGAAGAAAGCAAGAAAUCCUUUGCUAGUGGUUUUUAUGGGAGUAUGCUACUUGUUUCUCGGGAUAUUCUAGUUGCAUUAGAUGCCAGCAGGUCAAGCAUAGUCUCAAUAAAAUUUUCCAGGGGUUCUGUUAGUUUCCAUCAGACAUAUAUUUCAGAUAUUGUUCCAGAAGUUGCUGGAAUAGUUGAAAUUGUGCCUUCAAAACUCUCUGGACUAUUUACAUUAAAAACUGAUGCAUCAUUGGUGUUAUUUAGAUUCAAUAGUAUAGGCGAACUGGUGGUAGAAAAUACAUUCAGCCAUCCAACUAUUCUUAGUGAUUCUAUUUCUAUCACAGAAGGACAUCAAGUUUUUGCGGUUAUGCAACAUGCUGAAACAAAAGUCCACAUUGCUGUGAGGUUUGUUAAUGAUUUGACAAGUGAAGCUCUCAAAGAAACCAUUGAACUACAUCCCCAGAGAGGAAAUGUGCAGAAAGUUUUCAUUAAUAAUUAUGUUAAAACAGACAGGUCCUAUGGAUUCAGGGCCCUUUUAGUCAUGGAAGAUCACUCCUUGCUUUUGGUUCAACAAGGAAAAAUUGUUUGGAGUAGGGAGGAUGGACUUGCUUCAGUUGUAGAUUCAACAACAUCUGAACUGCCUGUUGAGAAAGAUGGCGUGUCAGUUGCAAAGGUGGAGCACAGCCUCUUUGAAUGGCUUAAGGGGCAUUUGCUGAAACUUAAAGAAACUCUUAUGCUUGCUACUCCUGAUGACAUUGCUGCUAUACAAGAGAUGAGAUUGAAAAGUUCGGAGAAAACUAAAAUGACUAGGGAUCAUAAUGGAUUUAGGAAGUUAAUUAUUGUGCUAACUAAAGCUGGAAAGGUUUUUGCACUUCACACUGGAGAUGGACGAGUUGUUUGGUCUCUUCUGCUUCGUUCACUUCGUAUAUCAGAAGGUUGUGAAUGUCCCUCUGUUCUAAAGCUCUCACAGUGGCAGGUUCCUCAUCAUCGUGCAAUGGUUGAGAGCCCUUCUGUUCUUGUUUUGGCCAAAUGUGGACCUGAUUUUCUUCAGUCAGGUGUUUUCUCAAUAAUUGAUUCUUAUACUGGGAAGCUGAGAAGCUCUCAAAAGCUUCCUCAUUCCCUUCUUCAAGUUAUCCCACUACCUUUUACAGAUUCAACCGAACAACGACUUCAUCUUGUGAUAGAUUCAAAUUUUGAGGCACAUUUGUAUCCAAGAACACCUGACUCUAUUGACAUCUUUCUCCGUGAAAUCUCAAAUAUUUACUGGUAUGCAGUAGAUUAUAUUGAAGGCAUUAUGAAGGGUUAUUCUUUCAAUGGCAAAUGCAAAGCUGAUAUGGAAGAUCAAUACUGCUUUAAUAGUAAAGAGUUGUGGUCUAUCAUCUUUCCUGCUCACUCUGAGAAGCUUGCAAUCAUUGCUACGAGAAAGAUGAAUGAGGUUGUUCAUACACAAGCAAAGGUCAUAGCUGAUCAGGAUGUGAUGUACAAGUACAUAUCAAAAAGCUUGAUCUUUGUUGCGACCAUUUCUCCAAAGGCUGCCGGUGAGAUUGGUUCAGUGACACCUGAAGAAGCUUGGUUAAUAGCAUACCUUAUUGAUGCUGUAACUGGACGCAUAUUGCAUCGGGUAAUUCACCAAGGUGCUCAAGGCCCUGUGAAUGCUGUUGUUAGUGAAAAUUGGGUAGUAUAUCACUACUUCAAUUUGAGAGCGCACAGAUAUGAAAUGUCAGUUAUUGAGAUCUAUGAUCAGUCUCGGGCGGAUAACAAAGAUGUCUUGAAGCUUGUUCUGGGUAAGCAUAACUUGACAUCUCCGAUCUCCUUGUAUUCUCGGCCGGAGGUGGUGGUCAAAUCCCAGUCAUACUUCUUUACCCAUUCUGUGAAAGUAAUGACAGUAACUACGACAGCUAAGGGUAUAACUUCUAAGCAACUUCUCAUUGGAACUAUUGCCGAUCAGGUAUUGGCUCUUGAUAAGCGCUAUCUUGAUCCAAGGCGUACAGCUAGCCCUACCCAGUCAGAGAAGGAAGAGGGUAUCAUACCACUAACCGAUACUCUGCCAAUCAUACCUCAGUCGUACGUGACGCACUCGCUCCAAGUGGAAGGCAUUCGAGGCAUAGUAACGAUCCCAGCCAAAUUGGAAUCCACCACCCUCGUCUUUGCCUACGGGGUCGAUCUCUUUUUCACCCGAAUUGCCCCAUCACGGACCUAUGAUUCUCUUACAGAAGAUUUCAACUAUGCCCUCUUGCUCAUCACUAUUGUUGCCCUGGUAGCUGCUAUCUUGGUGACAUGGGUCCUGUCUGAGAAAAAGGAACUGAGGGAUAGAUGGAAGUAAGCAUUAUUUGUCACUCCAAUCCUACAGAAGUUUUGUCUCAACGAUUGUUUGAUAUUGGUAUAACCUAAAUUGUCUUAAACCCUAACCUGGCAUUUGCAUUAUUUUUCAAUAAUCUCUUUUCCACGUUAAUCAUGCUUAGUUUAAGCCGUUUUUAAGUCUUAAAAAACUGAACGAUAUUUUUCUAA